AUGGAUUCCGAAAUAUGUAAAAAGUUCCAGGAUGUAAGGAAAUGGUUACCCCAUGAAUUAGACAAAAAUAGGAACUAUAAUUUUAGUGAUGAUAAUCAAUUGAUAAAUUAUUGUAAUAAUAAAUGUGAUAAUAAUCUCGAUAAAAUUAGUGCUGGAUGUUUAUAUUUGCUUAAUGAAUUCUUUCAUGAUUCUUCUGCGUUCGAGAUGGUUGCAAAAAAUAACAUCUAUAUUGUUGAAUACAUUUUGAUAUGGUUAAGUUAUAUGUUAAACCUUAUCAAAACUGAAGAAUACGACAGUAUAGGCUCUUUUUAUAAAACAUAUAUAGAGGAUGGUGAUAAGUAUACUAAUAAUAUAAAUUAUAUUAGAGGUUGUGAUGGUUAUAAGGAUCUUAUAGAUAGAAAUAAAUAUAUUUUAAGUAUGGAUAUGAACAUUAUAUCUAAAUUAUAUGAUGCAUUUAAUACAUUAUGUAACAUAUAUAAUGAGCUUGAUAAAAACAACUCAAAUUGCGCGAAAUGUUCGGAAAAAGCUAGUCAAUUUGUUGAAAAAUAUAAAGAAUUUAACAUGGAUCAUAGCAUUACUGAAGAUAUACCCUAUUUAAAUGUAUUGCUUAAUUUAUUAAAUUAUUAUGAUAAUUUAAAAGAUAAAUGUAGAGAUUUCCCAUCCAUUCCAGGGAUACCACCCCAAAAUUAUGAACAAAGAUCUGAAGUUACAUCAAGUUCGUCGAUAGCAAGCAAAUUAAUUCCAAUUUUAUCGAUAUUAGUUGCAAUAGCAAUUUUUUUAGGAAUUUCUUAUAAGUAUUCAUUAUUUGGAUUUCGGAAACGAGUUCAAAAACAAUAUUUAAGAGAAAAAAUAAAAAAUGUAAAGAAGAAAAUGAAUCGUUAA